UUCAAUUCAACGCGAUGGGGUAGUGCUGCCGCUCCUACAGGCCGUCGCGUCCUCGCACGACCACCAACCAACCUGGCAUACCGGGUAAAGUUUUCGUACCUGAUCACAACGAGCUUUGCUUUCGCUUUGCAACCAAAAUCAACAAUCAAAUCUCUGUCGUGCACAAUUCUUCCAUCAACGCCAAAAAAACAUAACAACUGUCAUCAAUCCUUCAGUCAUUUUGAUCGACAAGCCUCAAACAAUAAUUUAUUUGCCCGCUUGUGAUUUGUACAUUUCGAGAUGACACACGUAUCGUCGUGCUCACGGAUUUGAGUGUUGGCUUGCAGCUUCUGGGCCCGGUGCUUGUCGUCAUUCGCCGUCGCACCAUCCGUCCCAUCUAGCCCCUAACCUUCGUCCGUUUGUCCUGAUUUACUGCCAAUCAAGGUUUAAUCACUUUUUCGCUCUUGCACCCCUCCUUUCUAUCAUGGCCUCUCCUAGUUCUCCUGCCGCCAUGUCCGACAACGACGCCGAGCCUCCAAGCUCGCCUGGACACGGUGACAACAACAAGUCCUUCGCGCACGCAACAGAGGACGAAGACACGAGAAUGGCAGACUCGACGCCUCAACCCGCCGAAAAGCGCAAAGGUCGUGGCUCUGGAAAGGUCGAUUCGACACAUGGUGCAUCUCAAGCUGGCAAGAUUCGCCAUUUGAAAAAGAACGAUGGCGAGCCGCUGUGGCGCGAGGAUAUUCAAUAUGACUUCCUCAAGGCAGUGUUUGACGAUGAGCACAAGGUCUUUACCAACAGCUACGAAAAGGACCGCCUGGGUCCGCAGUGUUUCGCGGAUCUCUACAUCGACACCAUGUCCAGGAGCAGCAAGACCAGCAAAGUCCUGCGCGACAAGCUACUUAGUGACCGCGAGGCCGCAAAAGGCAUGGCUAUGGUAUGCUUACUUGUGAACAUUGGCAGGAUGAACACGACUUUGAACUUCUUUCCUGAAAUGCGAGCUCAGCUGCGCACAUACCAUUCGAUUCCAUCUCUCCAAGCACACCAAGACAGUAAUACGUACAAGCAAUUGCAAGAUGCACCUAGGCUGAAGUCCAUCCUUAAGGGAGGAGCCGAAGAUAGGGCCGAACCCAACUCUUUGGACCGCGUCAAAAGCCUUGACGUUCCCCGGACAAACCCGGUGAACCUCUUGUUUGUCAUUACAGCAAACGCGCCCAAAAUCGCCGAAAUGCACUUUCCUCCGGACCAAGAAUUCCAAGAUCUCGUCAUGAAGCCACAGUUCACAUCCGCUUCGCGUGCCCGUGCCUUCUUGUGGAUGAUGUGGUUCUACUUGGAGUCGGAUUUCACCGAGGAGGGCUGUGAGGAGAAUCCAUUCGGCGCCGGAGUCGAUUACGGUCUCGACGUUGCGAACCAAGGUGUUCCGAGGCUCGAGCUUAUCAAGCCCGGCGACCCACCGGAGAACGUCGAUACGCCCGAGGAGCGCGAGUUCGGCGAGGAGAAGAAGCGAAUGCGUGCCAAAAUUAUCGAUGCUGACAAGGCUUUCGUGACUGACACUCAGAGCAAGCGCGGCGCACGGCCGAGGGUCUUCAUGCCUAAUGGGCCAGAGGAGAUUCUGGCCGCUGGUAGCCCCGGCGUGCUCCCCAGAAUGCGACCCUCGCGGCACGAGUCGGAUAUGGAUAGUACACGGUCCACUCCCCCUCCCAGAGCAACGCCACGGCAGCUCGCGGGUCCGGUUGGAUCUGCUGCAGCCAAGAGGCCAGGCGCAGCGCUCAAGUACCAGAUAUUCGAGGGGGCAUCAUCGCCUGCUCCGCCCGAACCCAAAGAGGUCGGCGGAACGGGUCGCAAGCCUCGGCCUCCCACAGCCCAUCAGAUCGCCGUUGAGCACAAUCGAUCGGCUCGCGUCAAUCACAUCCUGGAUCGUGGGGUGCGUAAGCAGCACCACUACGCCCGUAAGACGCGGCGAUUAGAUGGGGCCAUCUUUCGCGCUGUCUGCAGACUGCGAGCUGGGCCCGACACAGACCACCCUGCGAUGCCGGAUCCGGUCGAGGACAGUGAAGGCGAGGAGACGUUCAUGGAGCACCAAAGAAUAGCAGCCGCUGGUGUCAGUCACCCGGACCCGGCGUUGCAUUGCGCCGUGAUAGGAGGAAAGAAAACCCCUUAUAGGGCACGCGGGUUUGGGGGCCUGUGUCCGCUUGUGCAUGAGGAGGACGACUUUGGCGAGGAAGCAGCUUCGUACGCAGCUGCUUUCCGGCGGGCUGCCAGGCGGCUCGAGAGGUGGGGCCUUUCAGGCGCAGAAGACAGCACAGUUACCCUUACCCAUGUCCCAACUAUCAAGAGGAAACGGUUGGCGCCGCCGCCUGAAGCGACGACAAACGGUCAAGACCCUAACGAGACCGAGGAUGAUGGCGAUGCCACGAUGAUGGCGGGCGCCGAAGACUCGAUCAUGGGUGAUGAAGAUGAAAGCUUCCAAAUCGAUCACAACUCAGCGUUAACGCCGCGAGCGCAGAUUCGGCGGCGGAGGGGUGGGGCCCGGGGCGGAAGCAGCCUCGCCAAUGGUGCUGCAAAGAGAAGGGUUACUGCCAGCCCGGCCGGUGCAAAUAGGCGCAGCAAAAAGCCAGCCGUUAAUGGCUCAGGGCCAGCACGACAGUCCAAGCUCAGAGACACUGGAGAGGAUGCAGAGGAGUUGGAGGAUGUUGACAAGCUGCUUCUCGGCAUGGCCAGUGGCAGUGAUGGUGAGGGUGAUGGUGACGGGGAUGGUGAUGGUGAUGGUGAUGCGAUGGAUGGGGUAGAAGCCGAGGGUGAAGCUGAAGAGGACGGUCUGGACGAUUUGGACAAGACGUUGUUGGGGAUCGGCGACGAGGGUUCUGACUCGGAUUAAAGACCCGACUGGAGGUUUUAUUUGUACGCUGGAGUAUUGUUAGUUCUCUUGGUUUUGCGAUGCUUUCACUGGAUCAUGUUGAGCAGUGCAAGAUUUUUCGAAGGUUUUAUAUUUGUUCUUGCAGGGUUUACGGAACCCAGUUCGCAAGCUCGCAGACAUUUUAUCACGGAUAUUGCAUCUUCAGAUUAUAUUGCCUACCCCUAGGUGGUUGUCUAUAGUACAGAACCUGCUCCUAUUGAAGCUAAGGG